GCUCGAGACAACGCAUCAGGUGCGAGUAGCCUGCGGGUUCCCGCUGACUUGGCGCGGAGCACUUCGGCAAGGCUGCCCUUCCUGCCCGACCAGCUGGCCCACCGGCCCCCAAGCGCCCCUCCGACGGAGUCCCCAGGCCUUUUCACCGUGGCCGCUCCAGCCCCGGGAGCGCCUUCUCCUCCCGCCACCCUGGCGCACCUUCUUCCCGCCCCGGCCAUGUACAGCCUGCUGGAGACUGAACUCAAGAACCCUGUGGGGCCACCCACCCCAGCGGCAGGCGCGGGCGGCCCUGCAGCCCCGGGCGGCGCUGGCAAGAGUAGCGCGAACGCAGCCGGCGGCGCGAACGCAGGCGGCGGCAGCGGCGGUGGCGCGAGCGGCGGCGGCGGUGGCGGCGGGGGCAGCGAUCAGGACCGCGUGAAGCGGCCCAUGAACGCCUUCAUGGUGUGGUCCCGUGGGCAGCGGCGCAAGAUGGCCCUGGAGAACCCCAAGAUGCACAACUCUGAGAUCAGCAAGCGCUUGGGCGCCGACUGGAAACUGCUGACCGACGCCGAGAAGCGGCCGUUCAUCGACGAGGCCAAGCGGCUGCGCGCCGUGCACAUGAAAGAGUACCCGGACUACAAGUACCGGCCGCGCCGCAAGACCAAGACGCUGCUCAAGAAGGACAAGUACUCCCUGCCCGGUGGCCUGCUGCCCCCCGGCGCCGCCGCCGCCGCCGCGGCCGCCGCCGCCGCUGCCGCCGCCAGCAGCCCGGUGGGCGUGGGCCAGCGGCUGGACACGUACACACACGUGAACGGUUGGGCCAACGGCGCGUACUCGCUGGUGCAGGAGCAGCUGGGCUACGCGCAGCCCGCGACCAUGAGCAGCCCGCCGCCGCCGCCCGCGCUGCCGCAGAUGCACCGCUACGACAUGGCCGGCCUGCAGUACAGCCCCAUGAUGCCGCCCGGCGCCCAGAGCUACAUGAACGCCGCGGCCGCCGCCGCCGCCGCCUCGGGCUACGGGGGCAUGGCGCCCUCCGCCGCCGCGGCCGCCGCCGCCGCCUACGGGCAGCAGCCCGCCGCCGCCGCCGCCGCCGCCGCCGCCGCCAUGAGCCUGGGCCCCAUGGGCACGGUGGUGAAGACCGAGCCCAGCUCGCCGCCGCCCGCCAUCGCGUCUCACUCGCAGCGCGCGUGCCUCGGCGACCUGCGCGACAUGAUCAGCAUGUACCUGCCGCCCGGCGGGGACGCGGCUGACGCCGCCUCGCCGCUGCCGGGAGGCCGCCUGCACAGCGUGCACCAGCACUACCAGGGCGCCGGGACUGCCGUCAACGGAACGGUGCCGCUGACCCACAUCUGA